AUGGACACGAGCAACAAUAACCAAGAUGAAGGCACCCACAUUGCGACACAGACGGAGAACGACAAUGCAUAUAUGCCACCUUCUCCCUCCAUGAGUGAGAGCUCCAUGAUUUUUGAAAGAAACGUGGAGGAUCCAUCUUAUCUUUAUAAAACAGUGUCGAAUAAUGCUGCAAAUUCUCUCUCCAGGCAGAGCAGCCGAACCAGUUUGUUUAAUCACAAUAACACUAGUAACAGGAACUUUCAUAACUUAAGCCAGAGAUCGUCUGCGAUAAAUCUACAUCUGCAACCUUCUAGGACGAACGAAUCGAUAGCAUCGUAUCAGACGUACAACCCGGAUUUCGUUGUACAGACUCCGCUGGAUCAUCGUCGUACUUUAGAGAAUUUCGUCCCUCCUGCAUUAGACGCUGGCUGUUCUAUUGUAACUGACGAGACGACUGGACUUGAUGACGUCGAUAUGGUUUAUUCAAGAAGGCCAUCUACCAUUGGUCUGGAUAGGGCCUUGGGCAGAACAAGGAGUCUUUCCUCACAAUCUUUUGACAAUGAGGCGUCGCCUGCGCAUCCGAGAUCUCCCAACGACCAUGGUUCAAGGUUAUUGAGGUUCUAUUCCUAUGCUGAUAUGCUAUCUGAUGACAGUAACAACAAUGCUAGUAACACCACAUCAACACCAUCUAUUGUGAAUCCUUUGAGAAGACCUCCUAUGCAGGGUCACUACUCGUUUUCUUCGUCACUUUUGAAUUCCCCCUCUCAUUUGCCAUCCCCUCCAUCGGCUUCGGCAUCACCACCUCAACAUAUGAACUUCACUAACCCUUUCAUCAUAUCGAGACGCUACUCUAACACAACAAUUAACAACGCCAACGGAACAGGUGCGGGAAAUAGUACAGGUGCAGCACUAUCAAGAUCGCCAUCGAACCAACAAUACUUACUUAAACAGCAAAGGUCACCCUCGGGAAACGUCCGUUCAAGAAGAAACAGCAAUAGGCCGAGCAGUGCUGCCAAUAUCAUGAUCGGGAAGCCUAAAUCCAAAUUUCAUAUCGAGUCCAGUGGUAGCGAAGGGUUUUCGUCCGAAGAGGAGGACAAUACUAUGGUUGAAAUGGAUAGACUCAAUUUAAAGCAAAAAUUACAAUCGCAAUUAGCACAACCGCCAUCGAUUACCAACCCGGUUAACAAUAAUCAUAAUAGUACUAAUAGCAACAGUAAUGGUAUCAACAUCCAUAACAGAAAUAACCCUUCGUUCCCAAACUCAAAUCCAAGUUCAAAAUCAAACUCCAACUCUACAAUUACUUCUAUGAACCCAGACGCAACCAGGUAA